UUUGGCUUCUCUCCGGGCGGAUUCCUCUGCGCCGACGAGGAGCCGAGAUCUGCCCUCCCCCGACGACCAUGCCGGUGGCGCAUGACCCCGUGGGCGCGGGCGCGGACACCGCCUCCUCCCGCAGGAACCGCCUCGGCCACAUGAAGUCCUCCUCCACCAAGGCCAAUGCCAAAGCCGCGGCGGCCCCCGCGGUGCCCGCCCCGGUCCCAACGCCGCCCACACCAAUGCAACGCCUCUUCGACACCAGCCGCGAGGUCUUCGUCGCCUCCGCCCCCGGCUUCGUCCCGCCACCCGAUGUCAUCGUCCGCCUUGCCGUAAUCCUUAGCUUCAAUCUGUUUCCUUGCUGCAGGUAUUUACCAGGGUGGUGCGUGGAAGACCUUGUGAAUAUCUUUGAGGUGUUCCUACCUCAGCUUCUCCUGUACCCCAACCCCUCGGACCCGUGACUCCUACAUGAUCCUUUUCUGGCAUGCCAUGAGGUCCAGGCCCCUGGUAUUUCUUUUUUUCCAUGCAUGCGCCGGCAUGUCUGCGUGCCUGCCCGUGCCAUGCCACGCCAUUGCUGCAGCAACACUGCUCUGUUCUACCAGCAUUAAUAAUAAGUGUGUCUAAGUGUGUCCUGCAGAACCUAACAGUAGCUACCAUUGUCAGUGCACCUGUGCUUGCCAUUUUGUGUGUUACUCAUCUGUCCCAUAAGUUUGCAUUAUUCUGCAUAGAGCUUGCUUCAAAACAUUGCAUUGUCCGAGUGAGUUUGGGGUUUACAGUAUUCAUAAAUUCUGAUGUUGAGUUUGUGUCACUCUGCAUGCCCAUACUAUUAGCUUCUGUUCAUCAUUGCUGGUGCUGGUAAUCACUAGUGUCCGAGUAAGUGUGGAGUUCACGGUAUUAAUAUCGUGUGAUGAUGAGUUAGUGUCACUCUGCAUGCAUGCCGAGUUCUCCAUAAGCAUUGCUUUGCUACUCUGCUUCCGUUCCUCGCUGCUGCUGCUGGUAAUUACUCUGGCAGUACAAGCCUUUUAGGUGAUACAUUGUCAACAAAACAUGCUAGGCUUGCCUAUUCUAUGCACAUGCUUAGGCACAACCGUUAGGACCGGGCUCGGCGCGGCAAGGCGCGCUGCAGGUCUAGUACAACAUGAGGUCUAGUACAACAUGACAAUCAUAAAGUUGCAUUAUUUAGCCACUGGUAGGGUAGGAUAUACCCAAAUGUGGUCAGUAUAGGAACUAGGGUCCCCUAAUUGCUAGCAAAACUUGUGUAAUGAGCUCUUGUUACCUUCUACUAUUGUUUAGUCUUGUUUUUUAAUACUUCUGUAGUGGUAUCCAGAAAUAAAAUUCAUAUGUUUCUAUAUAUGUUCUUUUAGAUAGGUAUGUCAAUACAUAACUAGUAAUGUAAAUGGUGUGACGCAGUUCUAAAUAAAAAUGCAAAUAGAUUGUGAAUGUCAAUCUCAUGUGAGUCAGUCAAUGAACUUAUUAUAUUAGUCUCUUAGAGAAAUACAUGCUUUUUUGUAACUUUAGAUAUUUUCCAGAAUAGUAUGCUUGGUCCUUCAUAUCUAAAGCUUGCAUGUACUGUAGAAGCUCUACUUUAUGCUAAUACUUGCUUGUGUAAAAAUUUUCAUGGCAUACUUCUAAAUGGACAAGUACGUGCGACGUCCAGCAUCAACGAUGAUGCGGACCAUAUGUUCAACUACAGCCCCAUCCAUUGCAUUGACACAAAGAUGUUUUGCAUCAGCCUGUCAUUGCUAAGGGAGAAGCAGGACUUGGAGAAGAAUUAUUUCCAUUAAGCAGAUUACAUGUUUGGUUGCUGUGAAGUACCAGAUAGGCUAGUUCUAUUUUUUAACGAUCCUGGAGUAUUUCAGCAGCACCAUGCGAAUGCAGUAGCGUUAGGUUUCUGAUUCACCUUUUGUAAAAACUUAGUUAGCCCGUAGUCAGUCAGUAGUAGCUCAGCCAGCCAGCUAGCCUCAAAUAGUAUUGCUGGAAUGAAUGGUUGUAAUAUAAUAACAUUGCACGUUUCUUUGAAAAUGUAUUAGAACUGGGCUAGGCCCAAGAUAGCUUGUGGUGUGAUGUGUUGUAAUG